AUCAAAACAAGAGACGAGUGGAAGUUCUGAAAAUUAAUUAAUAAUAAGAUUUAAGCAACUAUGCCUUCGUGCUCGCCGCUGCGAUACGCUCACAGCGAGGGAUUAACAAGUCUUUGUUAUGAUGAUAAGGGAAAGUAUAUUUUGACCUGUGGUUCUGAUGGAGAUGUCAGAAUAUGGGAGGGGGCGGAGGAUGACGAUGCAAUCUCCCAUCGAACUGGAGACAAAGCCUUCAGUGUCGCAUUCAAGAAUAACAAGUUUUAUGUUGCUACUGACACAAACACGGUACAAGCGUUUACUUUCCCCGAUGGUUCUACAGAUGGUAUUGUGGCCAGAUUUACUGCCCCCGUCAACCACAUCAGUGUAAACCGAAAGGGAACAACUUUGGUAGCAGGGUCAAGGUAA